UUUUUUUUUUUUUAUAAUAAACAUGUCAUAUAAUUAUAAUGAUAUUUUAAGGGAAACAAGAAAAAUGGUAUCAGACUAUAUGUCUCAAUUUGAUCCAUCCCAUGAUAUGUAUCAUAUCGAUCGUGUCUCUCAUCUUGCUCUUUGUAUUGCUAAAGAUAUGAUAAAAGAACAGUCCACACCAGUCGACUUGGAGGUAGUCGAAUUAGCAGCAUUAUGUCAUGAUAUAGAUGAUCAUAAAUAUAAGGAUUUGAAUAAGGAUAGAAAUGAGAAUGUAGUGAAGGAGUUAUUAAUCAAUACAUUAAAAUAUCCAAAGGGGGACCUUGUUAUGAAAAUUAUAGAUCAUAUUGGAUAUACAAAAGAAAAGAAAUGGAAUGAUGAAUUGGAUAAUCCUGAAGAGGUCUAUUGGAGAAAUCAUUGUCUUGAACUACACGCGGUUCAAGAUGCAGAUAAAUUAGAUGCAAUUGGUGCUAUUGGUAUAUUGCGUUGUGCAGCCUUUAGUGGUGCUAGAAAUUUACCUUUAUAUGUACCUGAAAAUGACUGUAUUUCAUCGGCUAUUACUCAUUUCCAUGAAAAACUAUUUAAUCUAAAGUCAUUGAUGAGAACAUCUAAAGGGAAAGAAUUAGCUACAGAAAGACAUAGAUUUAUGCAACAAUUUGUUCAUCAAAUUCAAUUAGAAACAUUAUAAAUACAUAUAUAAAUAUAUAUUUAUUUAACUAUCGACCAUCAUUGGCUCUGAUACAAGCCUUUGUGGUUGUUGUUGCUGUUGCU